GGAAAAGGAAAACAUUGCGGAUGGCUCUGUGAAUAACAAUGACGUCAUUUUAUUUCGAAAUUGUUUCUCGUGAGGAUAUUUACAUAUCAUAAGUAGCUAUACCUGUAUAUUCCCCUACAGACAGUAUCGGCGUCUCUGUGACAGCACUACUGAGUUCCAGUAGACGUUCAUCCCUCUCCUCGCGUCCACAACAAUGGCGGUCGUCACUCAGCCCACCGGAAACCCCAACCUACUGGUCAGACCGGAAGGUCACCGAGACUGGUCAACAGGCAUGUUCGGCUGCGCCUCGGACUGUGGCUCGUGUAUCUGCACAUGGUGCUGUCUGCCGUGCAUGUUGUGCCGCCUAGCAGAGAGAAUGGAUGAAUGCUGCAUGAUGCCGUUCUGUGUGCAGGGAUCUCUCGUUGCCAUGAGAACCAAAGUCAGAACCAUGGGUGGGAUAACGGGUUCAAUCUGUAAAGAUUGCGUCGCCGUUGCUUGCUGCGGGCCAUGCAUUGUAUGCCAAAUGUCCCGCGAGAUGGACAACAUGGGCUUGUAGAGUUGCCUCCCUUGGAAGAAGCGUCGGAUCUGAUUCACGAUUGCCUUGAAUUCGUUGUUAGAUGAGACGACGAUACGGUCACUACAUACCAACGCUUCAUGAGAUGAUGUUACCUUGUUAAAGAGUGAAUAAUGAGUUUUAAUUGUCAAGUAACAAGUUGUAUAUUAUAUUGGUUUUAUUUUGGUUUAUUAUGAAAUAGUGAUAAUAUGAAAUUAUCAAUCAAAAAAGCAAACAAUGUCAUUUAUGAGAGUUCGAAUAGGUUCCAAAUAUGUUCCAUUGAACACUUGUGGAUGCCCACCAAUGUUAAGAUGUUGAACAAAAUGUCACCCGAUUGGACGCCGCGAUAUAACUGGAAUACUGUUAAAAGCGGCGUUAAACCCAAUUCACUCACUUCGGACAAAUAUACAGAUUGUUCAAAACAUGAAUUUACAAACACAAGGCUUUAUGGCAUUUAUUUUCCACAUCACAAAACACGAAUUCUUCUAUGGCUUGUUGAAAGUAUCUUAAUUUCAACUAACAAUUACAUUCUUGUAUGAUCAGGUGCGAAUUUGUUAGUCACGCACACAAGGUUUUUGUUUCACGAGUCCCAUUUGCAUAGAGAACUUGGGUACCGUAUUUUUUUUAACUAUUGAUAUAUCUGGUGUACGAUCUUAUGUCUUGCCUUUCUGAAGCAACAAUCCUCACUAUAAAGUACAUGCACAUGUACAUUUCUUAUCACCACAUAUCUGUGUGCCUGGAGUCCUCAGAAAAGUGUUUUAAUGGCGUCUUGCAAUUAGCAAGAUGGUUUCGACAUUAAAAUGUAUAAAAUGACUGUCAUAGUUUCACUGAUCUCUAUGGUAUUCAUAGUUUUAAACAAUGACUGAACCUAUUGUGUUGGUGUAUGCUAUGGGGGCGGACGUGCAAGGUCUUGCAGGGUAUAUAUAGAAUGUGAUCACUUUAAGUAUUAAUGCAAUUGUCUUUUUAAUAGUUUGCAAAUAAUAUAUUUUCUAACAAAAUAAAAAGUGAACAUAA